AUGCAAUCAUUCUUCCUUCUCUUCCGUUUCUUCACUUCAUUCACUCUUCAUUCUCUUCCUCCCCUUCUUUCUCUUCAUUUUAUUCAUUCUCUUCCUUCCCUUAAUAUUCUUCAUUCUCGUCCUUCUUCCCUUCUUUUUCUUCAUUUUCCUCCUUCUCUUCUUUACCUCCAUUCAUUUCUUUCUUCUCCUUCCUUUCAUUUUCUCUAUCUAUUCCUCCUCUUCAUUCUAUUCAUCACUUUCCUUCUCUUCAUUUUAUUCUUUCACUUCUCUUAAUAUUCUUCAUUUUUGUACUCCUCGUACCCAUUCUUGUACUCCUCCUCCUUUUCUUCCUUCUCAUCCUCCUUUUCCUUCUUCUCUUCUU